CCUGACCAGCUACCCUCAGCGGGACUGAGCCGGUAACGUCCGGGUUGAGAUCUACGUGAGGUUGCACUGCCGCACCCUGCUCAGCGAUUGUAACGAUGGUGCCACCUUGAAAUCUGAGAGAAGGAAAGACGAGUAAGAAGAAAGGAAGAUAAUAAUCAUCAUCAUUUUCUAAACCUCCUCUGUGCCAUAAGCACCUGCCAUGGAGAGGAGCAGUGUAUCUUGGACAAGUAAUAACCUGUGACGGCUCAACUUAAGAAACUUGAGAUCUGCUUCUCCUUCGUUAUCUUCUCCAACCAAGAUGAUGCUUUGGCUGCUGCUAGCUCUGGCCACUUGGGUGGGACCUCGUCAAGCUGACACCGCCCACUCCAAUGAACGGCGAGUUGUAGCACACAUACCUGGUGACAUCAUCAUUGGAGCCUUGUUCUCUGUCCAUCAUCAGCCUCCUGCUGACAAGGUACAUGAGCGGAAGUGUGGUGCAGUGCGAGAGCAGUAUGGCAUCCAGAGGGUGGAGGCUAUGAUGCACACACUUGACCGCAUUAACAAUGACCCAUACAUCCUUCCCAACAUAAGCCUGGGCUGCGAGAUCCGAGACUCUUGUUGGCACUCAGCUGUGGCUCUGGAGCAGAGCAUUGAGUUCAUACGGGAUUCACUGGUCUCCUCUGAUGAGGCUGAGGAGUGGGGUGGAGGAGUUUCUUGGGGAGGAGGAGGAGGAGGAGGAGGUGGAGGAGCAACAACAACAAUGAAGUGUGCAGACCCCUCUGCCACUCCAAUGCGUGGAAAGAAACCUAUUGUGGGUUUGAUUGGACCUGGGUCAAGCUCAGUGGCCAUCCAGGUCCAGAACCUUCUACAACUCUUCAACAUACCACAGAUUGCCUAUUCUGCUACCAGUAUGGACCUCAGUGAUAAGAGCCUGUAUAAGUACUUUAUGCGGGUAGUGCCUUCAGAUGCCCAGCAGGCAAGAGCUAUGGUGGACAUUGUCAAGAGAUACAACUGGAGCUAUGUGUCUGCUAUACACACUGAAGGUACAGCCACCCACACAUUCUCUCUUACUUUUAACCUCCACUUCUAA